CAGUAUGCUUCCACAUGCAAACAUUUUGAUUGUUGGAGUUUUAAUUGUGGUUCUUAAAAGUCCUGGAGGUGGUUCUACAGUUUCGCAUCCAGUCCUCACUAUGUCACCUGACUACAGAAUGUAUGUCAGAGGAGAAGCUGUGACUCUGAUGUGUAAUGCCUCGGGUGACUAUAAGACAAAACACUUCUAUUUUUAUAAGGACUCAAAGUAUUUGCAGACUGAUAACACACAUAUGCAUAGAAUCCACAGUCUGGCUUAUGACAAUAUUGGAAUUUAUGCCUGUGAGUUUUGGGAAGUCAGUUAUCAAUCUACCAGAAGCAACAAAAUCACUAUAUAUUUAACUGAAAUACCAUCAGCUCCAAGUAUUUUUCUGACUCCUUCACUUCCAUACAAUAGAGAAGACUCAUUCAAGAUGACAUGCUCACUACCCAAUGGUAUCACAAUAACGAAGACAUUGUUCUACAAAGUGGAACCUGGAGGAUCUCACAAACUGGCACAUAAUAAUGCAAUUUAUGUCAUAAAUAAGCCUGAUUUUAAGAUUGCUGGCAAAUACUUUUGCAUGUAUACUAUAGAGAUAAUGAAUAGAUAUAUUGAUUCAUUAGAAAGCCAAUCCAUUUUGGUCGAUAUAUAUGAUUUUGCAUUUUCAUCCACUUCAAUAACAUCAACAACAAAACCACUACAUGCCACUAAAGAUUUUGCAUUUUCAUCCACUUCAAUAACCUCAACAACAAAACCACUACAUACCACUAAAGCAGGAAUUGAUACAGUUAGCACUGAACUGAUGACUUCUGCUGUACAUGUGGGGAAAACACAGUUAAUAACAACCUAUUAUCCAAGUCAACCAACUAAUAUCACAAUUAAAGAAAACAUUCAGGAAAAUGCUUCAUCUUGGUUGAGUGUAAUGUUCAUCUUUUUCACAAGUUUUAUUCUGAUAAACAUCCUUAUCUUGGUUUACCUUUUCAUAAAACGUAAAACAAAGCAAACAGCCAUGUCACAUGUUUCUGAGCAUAUAGUUAAUAUCACUGAACUACAGCAUGCUCAAGCACUUCCAGAGGCCCCCUUCAUACCAGGGAACAGAGAAGACCUAGAGGAAAGUCAUUUGUACUCUGAAAUCGAUCCAACUACAACAGUUCUACCUCAGUCAUCACUUAUUUCAUUAUACGCAACUGAAAAGAAAAUUUACUUGAUACCACCGAUUUACAAGACAGACUUGUCUCAUCACUGUGGUUGAUUCAUUAAAACUGCAGGAAAGGAAAAAAAUAAUCUUUAUCCAACUUUUGAGUGUACUAGAAAGAUGCAUUACAGAGCAGCCAUGAUAAAUGUUAUUGGAUUUGUUUCAACUUUUAUUUUUUUCUUUAAAUAAUUUUUAUUGAAAUAGUUUUUCAGUUUACAACAAGACUAAAGUAUACAACACAUUACAAAUAGACAUAAUAAAAAAAAUAAAAAAAAAUGAUGCGCCUUCCAAAUUAUACUUUCACUGUUACUUAAAGUGGAGUUCCGGCCACAAUUUCACUUUUUAAAUAUAAUUUUCCCCUGUAAUACACAAGCCUAAU